CUUGUGUUGCUCACUGCGCAUGCGCGGAUGUGCGGAAGUGCUUGCAGACCGAUAACCAGCUGAUAGACCAACAGCCGAACAGCCACCACGAAAACAGCAGCGCCUGGCAACAACAGAAACUGAUGUUCAUGGCACCGCUCGGCCCGCUUCGCCUGGAUCGAGACGAGUCACGUUAAUGCAUCACAGUCUGACAGCUGUCCUCACAACUUAAAAAGUCUCCAGUACUUAAAAAAAAAAAAACUUGACUGUUUUAAGUUGCUGCUUUUAAAGACGCUGUCAGGGAGGACGGCCACCCUUCCUACAUCAUGAGCACUCGCGGGACCAGCAGGGCCAAUGGAAGCCUACCGCAGACCAAGAUCUGCCAGUUCAAAUUGGUGCUGCUGGGAGACAUGGCCGUAGGCAAGUCCAGCCUGGUGCUGCGCUUUGUUAAGGGCCAGUUUGAUGAGUUUCAGGAGACCACCAUUGGAGCUGCAUUCUUGGCACAGUCUGUUUGUCUGGAUGACACUACAGUGAAGUUUGAGAUUUGGGACACGGCUGGACAGGAGCGCUACCACAGCUUGGCCCCUAUGUACUACCGUGGAGCCCAGGCGGCUAUUGUAGUUUUUGACAUCACCAAGCCUGAAACAUUCGAGCGAGCAAAGGCUUGGGUGAAAGAGCUGCAGCGGCAGGCCAGUCCCAAUAUUGUCAUUGCUCUCGCAGGAAACAAGGCUGACCUAGCAGACAAGAGACUUGUGGAUUAUGAGGAAGCCCAGACAUAUGCAGAAGACACAGGCUUGCUUUUCAUGGAAACAUCUGCCAAGACUGCAAUGAAUGUAAACGAGUUGUUCCUGGCCAUUGCAAAAAAGAUGCCAAAAACAGACACCCAAAACCCCACGCAUGCUGCCCGACACAGGGGGGUAAACCUUCAGGAACCAGAUGCACAGUCCACUCGAAGCUGCUGUGGGAACUAAAGGCCUGUCAACACUCCACCACGGGAGACCACCGACACCUGCUCCUUCCCAAAAUCCCACCCUUUACCCUUUCACCUCCUAAGACGGAUACAGAAAGAAAUAGAAGGAUAGAGGAAGAACAGAAAGAUAUUGAGGAAAAAUCCCUCAGUGAUGCCAUAAAGAGAUUUUUCAAGGAAGACUUCUGAUGGACAGGGCAGAAAGUGAACGGACGAUGGACACUGUCAUAUCUGGCAGUAAAUACUGAUCAUUUGGAGAUUGAAAAAAGAGAUUGGCAAAGAGAUACAGGAACACAGAAGAAUCACAAUGAACAGAAGAAUUAUUUAAUCGACAAAUCCCGUUCUCAGUCCUAGAAUGAACCGAGAUGGUCCAUAAAGCCCCCUUAAAAUAGCUGGAAGUCUUCAAGCGAAAUCUACAGAGUAUCCGUAUGCUCUGGGCUCUCCCAUUCUGAUCCCAACUCAGACACUGGAAGGAAGUCAGCACCUAACCUAGCAAUUCUCCAACCAUGAGCCACAUCUACUAAAUUUUACAAAAGGAACACUGAAGCAGAAGUUAUUCAUUCACCUUGAACUUGUUUUCUUCAGCCUCCAGCUUUAUUUAUUACCUUUGUUCGAACUGGUCUCCCUUACGUAGCUCGUCAUUCAUCUUAGAACCAAAAAGUAUUGAAGAACACCACUGUUGUCUUCCCUAUCCCAUUUCCUUCUCCCGACCACAUUGAUCUUGAAGUUUAGCGUUGAAGUUCACGAAACAACAGCAAGCUCUACGAUGCCUUCUCUACGUUCUCGUCGCUUUGUGUAAACUACUGUUUAAGAAACAAUCGACAAAUCAUUCACAACACAUUGGCAGAAACCAGAUGACCGUAGAUGAUCGUAAACCAUUUCGCUUCACGAGUAAUCGCAGAAUAACGCACAUUGAUUCUUCUGGACUAGGAAGUCAUGCAAUACUAGGUCAAUGUCUCAGUAUGUGUUAUUAAAAAGCAACAAAAAUAUUCAAGCAACCACAAAUCAACAACGUGAAUGAUUUAGCAACCAUUGUUGUGCGUUAUGCCGGGACGGCAAAUAACAGCAAGGGAAAUUUUGGUCCACAAAGCCCCUGAAAUAGUGGGAAAAAAAGAAGUGCCUACUCCGUUUUUUCCGUGUUCUUUGUUUUGGGCUUGUUUGAGGUCGUCAGACCGCCGAAAAGUAGCGUUUCGAGACGGUGGCCCGAAGUGUACAGGCAAAAACCUGUAAGAAUAAUUAGUUGAGCGUGUUAGUAACAGAGUCAUUUAUGAAGUUUUGUUUUAUGGAUGCUGUUUGUUGAUGUGUAUAAAAAUGUUUAUUUAAAAUUUAUUUUAGUCAGUAAUUCAAUGGGUUACCAAUACAUUUAUAUGGUCAUUUAGGGAAUGAAUUAGGUAUCAUAAUAUGGUGUCACACAGCUAGAAGUCAUUUGUCAUGUGUCUUCAGGUCCACCUUUUUUGUGGAAUAGAUCUGAUCUCCUGUUAACACCUUUGUGAACUGAAAUGUUAAAUAAAGCUGUGCUGUUCUGCUAUGAAUAAAAUGUGGCUUUAGUUUCCGUGGCUUUUUCGACUAGCCUGCUAACAGUCGUUUAUGAGGAAGAAGCAUUCAACAAUUUAAAGUGUCUAAACUAAAUGUCAGUAGCAGCACCAAAUGAUAUAGCAAACAUACUGACCAGACAGGUUUCCCAAACACUCCUAGUGCUGAAUGCUAAUAGAUAGCUCUCUAGGAAUACAGUGCUGCAUUCCACACUCAGAACUUUGGAAUAUCCCCUCCUCCUGCUUGAAUAUAACCGGAAUGGCACUCCAGGUCAAACGUCCAACUUGAAAAGUCAACAGAGCAUGACUGGAAUGGUUCGAGAUCGGAAUAUAGAAGUUUAAUCUCUAAUAUAGAGUGCUGGGGGAAAAUCCAAAAACAAGUGAGCAUUUUUGCACAUACGCUUCCAUUGUUCUGAAGUCGAUGGGUUUUAGUUAAAUGCCUUCAAGUCUGUGGUUAACACAAGCUCAAGU